UGUUAGGUUACUGCACAUGCGUGCAUUUAUUAUUGUUCGGUGGCUAUUCGUUGCGGUAACUGAACGAAGUAUGACAUAAACACACUAGAUAGGGCCUAAGAAUUUUCUUCUGAUGGUCUCUAUUCGACAGAUAAGGCAGUUUUAUUUUGUAAAUACUGUAAUUGCAGACUCAAUUGGGGGACGCACCACAACGCCAAACGUACAAUAACGCCGAAUGCCAAAUUGACCACAACGCCGGCACACUAGAAAACUUCUGUGUACCACAACGCCGAAAUACAUAAAAGCCGAAAAAUGUCAUUCCAGGACUUCCACAAAGGUUAGAUUAGGUUAGGUUUGACUAGAUUAGGUUUGACUAGGUUAGGUUAGACUAGGUUAUGUUAGGAUAAUCUAGGUUAAGUAUGGUUAGGUUAUAUUACGCUAGGUUAGGUAAGGUUAGGUUUGAUUGUGGUAUUUCGGCGUUAAGGUACAUUUAAGAAACACACACAAAUUCAUUCAGUUGUUAUUUCAGUGUUAUGGUACACAGCAGUUUUCUAGCUGUCGGCGUUGUGGUCAAUUUUGACAUUCGGCGUUAUUGUACGUUUGGCGUUGUGGUAUUUCGGCAUUGUGGUAACAACCCCUCAAUUGUUAAGUACAUAAGCAGUGAAAAGCACAAAAAGUCACGCAUUUCUUCCCCCGCUACUGUAGCACUGCAGCAUACUAGUGGUGUUUGUGCGCAGCAAGCAAAAAAAAAAAAGGAAAACUGAAGUGCAUCGUUUUGCUAUGGAGACCACUGAGGUGUUCCUCAAAGCGAACAUCCCACUUCAUAAACUUCAGGACCCCAGUAUUUUAAGCUGAAUGAAGAAAUAUGUUGAAGUUUUGUAUUUAUGCCUACAUCAAUAUCUGUAAUCAUGGAGUGGCUUAAAUUUAGAAGCUCUCAAAACCAAACCCAAUUUAAGCUAGUUGGAAAUGGGCAUUUUAAAACUAACCUAAGCUAAACUUACCAAAUAUAAAAUAAGACUCACCUAAACCAACCAAACCUAAAACUAAAGAAACCUAACUUUUUGGCCUAGCAUACCACCUGAGUUAGAAAUAUAUUUUAUUGACAAACCUUCCCUCUAAACCCAAAAGUUUUGACAUUCUGGAAGAGUAUCUACUUUUAAGUUUGAAGGGUUUUUCACUUCUAAAUAUUAGUUCUAAACAUUUUGACUAUUCAUUACUGAGUUCAUUUAACUUUUUCUUAAAAAAGGUACGCGUAGAUACAUUUCGCCACUUUUUUUUCCUCACCGCUUUUGGCAUUUUUCUCACCGCUUUUGGCAUUUUUUCUCACCGCUUUUGGCAUUUUUGCUCACCGCUUUUCACUAAUUUUACUCACCGAAAACUUCCUGUCCCUAGUCAUAAGUUAAUGAAAUGUUCUACGAGUUAAUAGAAGUUUCCAAAUCAUUUCCAGAAGAAAUAGGCACUUCGAACUUUACCAACACCUUUAGGAUGUGUCGAAAUCAAUUUUUUUUAUGUACUUUAACAAAUUUAUUUCUACCAAAAAAUUUACUUGUGUUUCCAGUAAUAUAAUUUACUGCAUUUACAUGAAUACCAUUUAUGAAUGUCUCUGUGUUACAUUUUUUUUUGGAAUGUAAAUACACAGUAGGUACUUUAUUUUUUAUAGUUUGUAAAAGUAGAAAAAAUUAAAGUUGACUGAACAUCAGUAAUUAAUACUGGCUGUACUCUUCUCUCUCUCUCUCCACCUUUCGUAUUCUUCUUCUUAUUAUUAUUAUUAACUCAUUAAGGUCUUUUUUAACAGUUUACCAAUUCUCCCAAAUAGAUUGUAGUUUUAAAUGAUUCAUCUGAUUUCUCAAAGCUAUAACAAUUACCUACAUUAAUGAUGAUAUAACCUCAGGGAAAAUAUGGCUUGUACAUCUGAAGUCAUCUAACCUUUGAGGACGUCAUAAACUUGAUGUGUUCAUGGUGGUCUGAUAUUUGAGGUCGCUUUAUAUUGGUAUUUUGUAUUUUAUUUGAUGUCAUACUGCAUUCCAUUUUAAAAAUUUUAACAUUUUACUAUGGUUAUUCAGGAAAAAAACCUCUGUUUGGUGAUCAAUGACAGAUACUCGUAGUUACAAAAAAUUUACUUUAUACAAAUGAAUAACCACAGAGUAAUUGCAAUACACGUUAAGUUACGUAUCAUAAUGUUUAAUAAGUUUUGAAAAUCUGCAGCCUGGUAACAAAGUCACUCUGUAACAGCAUCAUGAAGUGCAUUGUCAUCUUUGAAGAGGUGCAAUGCAAACAACUGUUCCUGCACCUGAAGAGGAAGAGAAUCAUCCUGUGCUAAAUCUGAGCUAUAUCAUCAAAACAUCCCAACGUAACUGCUUCAAAAGUUCUUGGGCACUUAGGCACCAAAUCUGGACCAAUCCCAGCAAGCCGUGGGUAUGCCGGUGCCAGUAUAUAAAUGGCAGAUCCGUUUCUUCAGGGAGUUCCUCGUGCCUCCAUGAACUGAACCUGCGACACUCAGCGGCAUAUCUUCCUGGAGCUGCCCUUGCCUUGUCCUGGCAGAGGGGUGACCUUUGACGUCUGGAGCCGGUACUGGGUGGAACGAAGGAAACAGACUUGGUUCGGAGGGGCCAGUGUGGCGGCAAGUCACAGAAAAAUUACAAAACCACCUGAGUUUCAAAGAUGAUAUCGAGUCUUGGAAGUCGGGCCGUCGCUGGCCUAUAGCAAGGAACCAUCCCAGCGCGUGCCUGAGGUGAUCUCGGGCGAAGUAAGGAUGUGUGAGCCGAGGUUCCAACCUGGGUCCUUCCUGGAAUGCAAGCCCAGUCCUAACCACUUUGCCACUUUGCUUUGUACACAGCAAACUGCACUUGUAAUGGAAACUGAGGUAUUUUUGUAAAAGUAAAAAUAUUUAUAAAGUUACAAAAAUAUUUAUUUUUAAGUGAAAUGUCUUUGAGCAUGAUGAGAUAAAAUUUCAAGGCAGAAUUUUAAUGCGUUUUGUGAAAAUCGUGAAACAUUUCUGAUGCGAAAAGGUCAGGGAAUAGUUAAUUAGCCAAAGAGAUAUAAAGAGAGCACUAUGCUAUAUAUGUUGCUGGACUCAUUUUCGUUCUCUUUGUGCAAUGAUUCAUGCCCUGCCCAAAAAAAAAUAGAACAGAGAGAGUUAGAUGACCAAAAAAAUAAGACAGCGAGUGUGUGUGCAUGCCCUUGUUUCAGAAAAUAGAUAUAGGUAUCCUAUACAGUCUGCUGUGAAUGCCUUGAAUUCUAUAUUUACUAACAGCGUGCUCGCAUUCCUCCUUGUUCAACCAGCAGCUUAGAGAGCGCUGUAGAGACAGUCCCUGCAUUUCCUGCAUAAGCGCUAUGUCCUAUGUGUUAUUAAUUUCAUAUUUCGUUCAGAGAUUUGUAUGUUCCAAAUGGCAGAAUUGUUUGAAGAAACAGUAACAAGCAAGGUUUGGAUUGCCAUAGAAGUUUCUCUUCUAUCAUGUGUACUGAGUUACGUGUUUUUUUUUGUAAAUUUGUGUUUUCUGUACAAUUACAAGAAAAAUAACAGUAUAACAACAAUAAUUUUUGUAUUGAUACAGAACUUCUGCAAGUGUCAGUGACAAGCAGCUCACUCACAUUUCGUCAAGAGGAUAUUCCCAGGAGGGAGGUAGCACCCUCAGAGAAACCUCCUGUGAUUUGCAACAUUACAAAACUUUCCUGCAGAUCUCACAAACUAGCGAUGCAUUAAUCAGUAUUCAGUUAAUUUUGAUAAAUAACCUGUUCCACAAUAUUCUCGUUCCUGAGCAAUAACAGUUACUGAAACCAUUCAAACAACUAAACUAUGUAGAGGCGAUCCUCAGGCAUUCCCCCCCACUCCACAACAAAUACUAAAAAAAGAGAGGGCUGUCUAAAAAUUAUCUACUCCAGUCUGCACCUGACCUAUAAAGUUGGUUUAUUUGUAAUGAAUUAUUUGACAUUUUUUAGUGCUAAUAUAAUGUAAUUUUUGAAACUUUAGAGUACUUAAAAAAAGUUAUAACUAUAUUGUUGCUAAUGACUUUUAAAUAUGUUAUGAAAGUUAUGAAUAAGGGUCUGUUUUUGUCAAAAUUUCACUCUAUUUAACUAGGAGUUAAUUAUAUGCCAAACAAACAAACAAACAAACACUCGGUGCAUUUGCUUUCCCUGAAGGUUGAAGUUGGGACCACUACAGGUAGAUAUGCAGCAUUUUCCCCAUAAUUAUGCUGUAGGAUUUUCAGUUUUUUUUUUUACUUUUACAAAAUAAAUAUUCGUCAAUACGUUGGUAUCCAAAAAAUAUUUUUAUAAUAUGAUAAAAAUUCUUUUACUGUAACAAAGGCAUGAUGAGGAAAUCCUUGCAAUCUAAAAGUACGGCUCGCAACACCUCAGCUGUGAUAAGAUAGAGCAUCGAUAUAGGAGCCCAGAGAUAAAGUGAUGGUAGGCCACGCAGCGAGAUAAACACUUCACCGAGUCCGACGCAGUGUGUGCCAUUGUGGAUCACCGACUGAGGAUCGUGAGCUUGGUACGUAUUACAUUUCUCCAUCUAUGGUAGCCACUGUGUUGAAACUGCGUAUUUAAAAAACUUACAUUAUUACUAUGGGCACUAACACUCAGACACUUGGGCCUACGGAAGUAGGCAACGCGGCUUCUCACUCAGAACCUUUUUGCCCAUCUUCUUGUGAAAAGGGAGGGGGGGGGGGUGUUCCUCCCUAUCCUCCCCUCCCUGUAUUCGCCACUGUACACUGCACAGUAGUAAAACAAUCUCUUACAGGAAUACAAAUUAUGUAUCUUGUCGAACGACAAGAUGUCCAUCUUGCAUUUGUGAGGUCAUGAGUUUGAUGCCGGCCAUCUUUGCUUGCAAAAUGGUAUUCCAGCCUCACCCAGGCAAGUUAUGGAUAAGUCCUGGUCUGGCCGUCCUCAUUUCCACAUUUCCAUGGUUUCUCGAAAUCACUAUGGUUGAAUACUGGAAUGGCUACCUACUGUAGACCAGUCCCAGUGUCCCUGAUCUAUGUCAUUAUGUGCUUCUGUUUGUAAUGGCUUCACUGUUGACCAAAUAUUAGAAAAAAUUAAACAAUAGCCACGAAUUAGACGUAGUGAAAUUCUCAGUACAUCCCACCGGCGAGUAUAAAGUUUGAUUAUAGUCGAGAGGGGGUGAAAACAAGAAGGGAAGGGAACACAGCUCAAUGCAGUAUACUGAUAACACCAGUUUUCUGGCUUUUGUACAUAUAUAAGCACGCAUUGAGUGGAUUUUAUGACCAUCAUAUUGUAAAGAUAAAUUUUCCAGUCAUAGUCCUGUAGUGGUCCAGUUUUUUUGGCUUCACCUUCGCUGACAUGUCCUUCAUCUGGACACUUCCAUUAUAUUUGGUUUAGCCACUAAGCCCAUGAUGUGGGAUUUUUUCAACCAUGUUUAAGAAAAAGUAGUCAAUUUUUUUUUUCAAUGUAUAAUCUUGCCAUAGCAAGCAAGCUGCUACAGCCAUAUGUGGGUAAAAGGUGCAACAACAUAUCAAUUAUUUUUUUUAAAUAUUAUUUUUUUUUAAAUAUGUGAAUUAUAUUUACCAUCAAAGCCUGUGUAAAUAAUGAAAAUGAUACAAACAAUUUGAAAACUGGCAAACUGUUAAUAUGCCAGACUGACAUUUUCCACCAUAUUAGGUAGAUUUAGAAAAAAAAUACUAUCUAUUGUAGCUGUUACCAUGGUGCGACUUCCAGAAAAUUUGUAUAUAGUUUUUCGUUUGAUUGUCCAUAGACCCAAAACCCAUCAUCAACUCAAAAAUGUGUGUAUAUGUGUAUGUAUGUGUAUGUGUAUAUAAACACACACACAUUAACCAUUUUAUAGACACAAUAGCUGCCAAAAUUUUUUACAAAUAAUUUCCAAACUGAUACAUAAAAUCUAAUAAUAGAAAAUCUCGGUCGAAUUCGUUACUGGGCAAUUUCUGAUCAAAGGGGUAGAAAUGGGGAAGGUUAUUUGAAAAACAGAAAGAUCGCUGUAACUCUCAUAAUAUGGAAAAUAUCACAUCAGUUUGAAAGUAUUAUAACUUGUAGGAGUAAUUCCAAAAUCUUUUGUCUAAAAAUAUUUUUGAUAAGACGAACCAUAACUGCAAGAGGUGAAAAAAAAGGUUGGAGGACAAAAAAAUCAUAACACUGUUCAUAAGCACACCAUCCAAUUUGUUCAGAGUGUUUGUAAAUCUUAUCAUUUUUAUGUAAAACUUUUGUCUGAAACAAUUUUUGAUAAGGGGCUAAAAAAAGGGUUUUAAAAUUACAAAAAAAUCAUAAAAUCCAUAUCUUGUCCACUCUUAAAUCCAUUUAUUUUUAUUAUAAAACAUAAAAAUAUUACUACAACUUUCGUCUGCAAAUAUUUUUUAUAUGGCCAACCAUUGCAGUAAGGUUUGAAAAUAACAGGGGUUGGAAUAAUAAUCAUAACUUCUUUAAUAAAGACACUAUUAAAUUUGUUCAAAUUGUUUGUAAACCGUGUAAAUAUUAUCUAAAACUUUUGUCUGAAACAAUUUUUUAUACAACCAACCAUAACUACAAGGUAAGGAAAAAAUAAGGGUUCAAAGAAAAAAAUUCAUAACUCCCUUAGUAAGUACACAAUCAAAUCCGUUCACAUUGUUUGUAAAUAUUAUAAUUUUUAACUAAAACUUUUGUGUGAAACCAUUUUUGAUAGGAUGAGCCAUUGCUGCAAGGAUUGAAAAAAAAGGGUAAUAUUAAAAAAAAUUCAAACUUUCGUACCAUUUAUACUAUCAUAUUUAUUCUAAUUUAUUGUAAUACCUUUAGUUAUUAUCUACAACUUUUGUCUGAAAUAAUUUAUUAUAUGACCUACCUACAAUGACUGCAAGGGGUGGAAUAAACAGAGGUUAAUGACAAAAACUUUGUUGCUCCCUUAUUAGACUCACUCAAAUCCAUUCAAAUUUUUUGUAAAUCAUAUAAUUUUUAUCUAAAUCUUUUGUCUGUAACAAUUUUUGAUAAAACAAACUAUCAUUGCAAGGUGUUGAAAAAACCUGUAGUUCGAAUAAGAAAAUAAAUAAAACUUCCCUACCAUGUACACUGCCGAAUCCAUUCUUAUUAUUUUUUUAAAAUUCUAAAUAUUGCCUAAAACUAUUGUUAAAAUAAUUUUUUUUUCUAACUAACCAUUACUGCAAGGGGUGGAAAUAACAAGGUUUGAAAGUAAAAAAAUUAUCAUUACUUUUUUUUUUAAAUAGAUGUACUAUCAAAUCCAUUAUAAUUUAUUGAAUAAAUCCUGUUAUGUAUAUUGUAUAGUUUCCGUGUAAAUAGACCUUGGACAUUAUAAACAUUGUUGGCAUUGGUCAACACACUUGAGUUUUGAAUCUCGCGCGCCGCGCUGUGGCGAUAGUGGCGCUGCUACUUGGCUGCUGUGAGUUGGCUGCCCUGCUUCCUCCGGAAGUCAGUUGUUCUACAAAGGCAUGGUGGUAAGUGGUGCUAUCGGGUACUCUUGCUAUCUGGCGACAUCGGUCGCCAAAUUAAAUAGUUUUGUGCAAUUCGCUGUUUUAUAGUCCGUUAAUGAACAUUUUUGGUCCUCCGGGCCGGAUCUAGUUCCGGUAUUUUCGUUCGUUUUUUUGUGUAAUUUUCGUUCGUGCUAUCGCGGCGUUGUUAGCCUCGUGUGAAGUGAAUUCUCGCACAUUGACUAACAGUUUGUGACUCUGAAGUGCUCGUUAUUUGGUUGGCGGGAGCAGCGAUCAGUGUCUCGGCUGUGGUUGAAACGUUUUAACUAGUUCGUUCGACGACUCUAACCUCUAAGUUGAGGUUAUGUCUUCCGUUUCAUUUGAAAACGAUCGUUGAACCCUUUGGUAGUCAAUCACCAUGGCUGAAGGGCAGUCGGCGCUGGUGCGCAUCUGUCUUGCUGAAGGUCGUAUUAAGCGAGCCUUUGAUCUCGCGCAGAUGGUUCCCAGUGAUAGCUCAAAAAUAAAUUUGUUUCGCGCCACAGCGCGCGACCUUCACUGCGUCCGAGAAAGGUUCGAAACGGACUUCGUCAUCGUUGAAACAACCGCAACGACCGAAGAUGGAUUCGAUGUUGAGGCGCACACCGCACGCUUGGCUGACUUUGAAGAAAAAUAUUUCGAAGUGAUGUCAACAUUGGAAGCCAUUGAGGAGGUCAAGGUAGUAUCACCAGGCACACCCACUACUCAGGUGAGCAAAUCUCGUGUGGCUCUUCCAAAAAUCUCUCUUCCCAAGUUUGAUGGGAGCCCUCAGCAGUGGGCUAAUUUCUCUAAUUUAUUUAUCACCCUGGUAGCCAACAAUGCUGAUAUAUCAUCAGUGGAGAAACUGGCCUACCUCAAGACCGCCCUUAAUGGGGAACCACUUGGAAUGGUGCAAUCUCUGCCGAUCUCUGAAGCGAAUUACGAGGUCGCGUGGAAGCUUCUUGUUGGCCGCUACGAGAAUAAGAGGCUAAUUGUCUCAGUCCAUGUAGAGGCCCUCUUGAAGGCCCCAAUGGCUGCGUCUGACUCACCCAAGGCUCUGCGCAAUUUGUUAACCAUUGUAAACGAGAACCUCUUGGCCCUUAGGGCACUGGAUGUCCCUGUAGACCAAUGGGACUUGAUUUUGCUCCCUAUUUUAUGCAAGCGGUUAGACUCUGUCCUUCAAACACAGUGGGAGCUUACUCAAACCGAUGCCCUUCCAACUGUAAAAAACCUUUUGUCCUUUAUCGAAACCCAUUGUCGGGCCCAGGAAACUGUGACAGCUUCUCGGUCACAUGUUCCAGGUGCAGGACCUACACAGUCAAGGAACCAAAUGCCAAGCUGGAGACAGGCUCGUCAAUCUGUGAAAAGUUUGGUCAGCUCUCCACAAUCAUGUUGCGUUUGUAACAGUACCCAUGUUGUUUUUAAGUGCCCUAAAUUCAUCAAGAGUAGUCCCAAGGACAGAUAUAAGAUAGCUAAGGAGCACAAAUUAUGCCUGAAUUGCUUGUCACCAUCUCACGCAUCCAAGAAUUGUUCAUCAUCAUCGUGUCGUUAUUGUGGAUCCAGGCAUCAUUCUCUGUUGCACUUCGAGCAACAGACAGCCAUCAACCCUGGUCCGGGCAAGGAUGCUUCAACCACACUCAUUGAACCAAACCCUGCAACUGUUGCAGUUGCUGCCGCUCUACCAAGUGAAGCAAGAACAGUGUUAUUAUCAACAGCACAGGUACACGUGUUUGAUUCAAGUGGAACUCCAAUGGUCGUGAGGGCUCUGUUGGAUACUGCCAGCCAAGCUAGCUUCGUCACAGAGAGCUGUCUGCAAAGAUUGAGGCUUACUCGUAGAAGAUCUCAUCUACCAGUACAAGGUUUAGCUAACACUUCAGUGAAUGUGGCCAAGUCAUGCGCCUCCAUUGUUAUGGCACCAGUUGGUAGCACGAGCCCCCAGUUUGCAGUAGAUGUAUUUGUAAUUUCGAGAAUCACCUCCAAUUUGCCAAGUGCCAAGCUGAGCGCCAGGGUCCAUGGUGCAGUGGCACAUUUGAAACUUGCCGACCCUGCAUUUGACACCCCUGGUCCUGUUGAUCUGUUAAUUGGUGCAGAGUUAGUUCCUAGACUCCUUACUGGGGCCAAAAUUGACGGUUCUCCCGUAGCUCUGGACUCUGUGCUUGGGUGGAUACUGAUGGGACAGGUGGACACACAAGUCCCAUCAUUGACUGCAACAUCUUUGUGUAUCUCUCUUCUCACUUCACACCCUCCUUUGGAUGAGGUAGUAAAAAGGUUCUGGGAAUUAGAGGAGUUUCCUGCGACAACACACAAGUCUCCUGAAGAUGUCAAAUGUGAGGAAUGGUUCAGUAAAACUCAUCUGAGGUCUGGAGAUGGGCGUUACAGUGUAUCACUGCCCUUUCGGCAACCUCUUCUGAAAUUGGGUGCGUCAAGGCCGCAGGCUCUUAACAGAUUUCUUCGUCUUGAAAAUCGUCUCAAGUCUGAUCCCAAAUUGAAGGCCAUGUAUUCAGAGUUUAUGAGUGAUUAUGUAGCUAGUGGUCACAUGGAAGAAGUAACAGAGUCACAGAUUCCAUCAGAGUCAUAUUAUAUUCCCCAUCACUGUGUGGUUAAACCUGAAAGUUCAACUACAAAACUGAGGGUGGUUUUUGAUGCAUCCGCCAAGAGCUCUUCAGGUGUUUCGCUGAACGAUGCGCUCUUUACUGGCACCCGGCUUCAACGGGCCAUAGUUGACCUAUUGUUGAGUUUUCGUCUGCAUGUAGUAGUCUUCACUGGUGACAUCAAACAGAUGUACAGACAGAUAGGUGUACACACUCGUCAUCAGGAUUAUCAGCGCAUUGUUUGGAGGUUUAAUGAUGCUGAACCUGUGAAGGAUUAUCGUCUCAAGACUGUAACCUAUGGUGUCUCUGCAGCACCGUUUCUCGCAUUACGUACAUUUCAACAAUUGGCACAGGAUGAAACCAAGCACUUCCCAACUGCAUCACAGGUCUUACUUACAGAUGUCUACGUUGACGAUGUUGUCACUGGAUCUAAUUCGGUUGAUUCUGCCUUGGCCAUUCAGAGGGAGCUUAUAACACUCCUAGGAAAAGGAGGCUUCAAGCUGCGCAAAUUUAUGAGCAACCACCAAGCUCUUCUGGAUUGGUUGCCAGUGGAGGAUAUUGAGAUCCCACAACCAUUUUCAUUGGAUUCGGACGAUUGUGUCAUUAAGGUCUUGGGUCUGCAAUGGAAUCCUGUGUCGGACACAUAUUCCUACAAGAUACAGCCUAGUUCUGGCAAUGCCACAAAGAGGACAAUCCUGUCAAAUCUGGCUAGGAUUUUUGAUCCUCUUGGGUGGCUCACCCCACUGAGUAUGUUUGCAAAGCACCUGAUCCAAGUCUUGUGGGCACGGAACCUGGGCUGGGAUACUGAACCACCGGAUGACAUCCUAAGCAACUGGAAGAACUUCAACACUCAGCUGUCACAACUGUCAUCAGUUACCAUUCCCCGACUGAUUCGAGGACAGGCAGGAGGUUCCUACCAGUUGCAUGGAUUUUCGGACAGCUCCGAAAUUGGUUACGCAGCAGUUGUGUACUUGCGCAUUGACAACCCUGAUGGUACAGUUCUGGUACACUUGCUGAUUGCCAAGUCGAAGGUAGCGCCACUCAAGGUUCAGUCGCUGCCUCGCUUAGAACUAUGUGGGGCCCUUUUGUUGGCUCGCCUGCUUCACCAUGUCAUUGAUGCCUAUGGAGCGACACUGCACUUCAGUUCGGUUACUGCCUGGACUGAUUCACAGGUAACUCUUGCCUGGAUAAACUCUUCUCCACAUGAGUUAAAGACCUUUGUGGCAAACCGGGUUAGUCACAUUCAAGAGCUAACUCGUCCAGAAUGGUGGAAGCAUGUUCGUUCGGAACAUAACCCGGCAGACUGUGGAUCCCGUGGGCUUCUGCCAGCACAAAUUGUAUCUCAUCCUCUGUGGUGGUCUGGCCCUUCAUGGCUGAAGAAGGCUGAGGACCAGUGGCCUGAAGGUAUUCCGUGCAUUAAGGCUUCUGACGUAAUCCUGCUUGAAAGGAAGGUAGUGGCAUUGGGAACUUUUAUCUCCCCUGGGGACUUGGACACAUUAUUGGAACGUUUCAGUCGGUUGACAAGGCUGUUGCGUGUUACUGCCUGCUUGUUCAGAUUUAUCAACAAUUGUCGUCAUCCACUGGAAGGACGGGCCAUAGAAGAGCUGUCAUCGAAGGAUCUAAACACUGCCCUAGAGUUCUGGAUACGUUAUGUUCAGUCCAUGUGCUAUCGAAGUGAUUUAAUUGCAUUGAAGAAGGAUCAAAUCACCUCCCCACAACUUCGUAGAUUGCUACCGUUCAUUGACUCCAAGGGAGUGAUUAGGGUGGGCGGCAGACUGUCUCAUUCGGAUCUGCCCUUUGAGCAGAAGCACCCAUCCCUUCUUCCUAAAUCGAAUCCCCUGACAAGACUGAUCAUAGGUCAUUACCAUGAAGUUAAUCAACAUCCGGGAAUACAAGCACUCCAGGCCAUUCUCAGGGAGAAGUUCUGGAUUAUGGGGGACAAGCGUGCAAUCACCAACCUUGUGCACCGUUGUGUGCGUUGUUUUCGUGCAUCUCCAUCAUCAGUUGCUCCGCUGAUGGGAAACCUUCCAGCUAUGCGGGUUCAGCAGGUAAAACCGUUCUCAAGGUCGGGGGUUGAUUACGCUGGUCCAUUCUUGAUUAAGAUGGCCCGUCUUCGCAAGGCUGCUGUGCUGAAAGCAUAUCUAUGCGUGUUUGUCUGUUGCGCAACAAAGGCAGUACAUAUCGAGCUAGCCUCGGACUUAUCGACAGAUGUGUUUUUGGCUGCCUAUAAACGUUUCAUUGCACGUCAAGGACGUUCCUCGGACAUCUACAGCGAUUGUGGCACUAACUUUGUUGGGGCACGAAAUCAGCUCUCCGAACUACAACAACUCCUCACGUUGUCUUCCCAUCAAACAACAGUGGCUUCAUCGCUCGCACAUCUUGGUGUGACUUGGCAUUUCAACCCGCCAGCUGCUCCUCACUUUGGGGGUUUAUGGGAAGCGGGUGUCAAGUCGUUCAAGUCCCAUUUGAGGAGGGUGAUAGGAGAGCAGAUCCUAACGUACGAGGAGUUAAACACAGUAUUGGCUCAGGUUGAAGCAGUGUUGAACUCAAGGCCGUUGUGUCCCCUCAGUGCGGAUCCCAAGGACUUCACUCCUCUGACCCCAGGCCAUUUCCUGACGCUGGAACCGUUAGUGGCAAUACCCGAACCAGAUUUACGUCAGGUAAAAAUGAACUGUUUGCAUCGCUGGCAGCUUGUAUCCCGACUACAUCAAGAUUUCUGGCAUCGCUGGCAUCGGGAUUACCUGCACACGCUGCAACAACGUAGCAAAUGGCAGAAAAGGGCGUCAGGUCUUGCCCCUAACCAGAUGGUGCUGGUCAAGGAAGACAGGCUUCCACCUCUGCAAUGGCCGCUGGGGCGCAUUGUUGAUCUUCAUCAUGGAACGGACGGCGUGGCACGAGUGGCCACUGUACGCACUGUCACAGGCACUGUCAAACGGCCAGCAGUGAAAUUAUGCCCGCUCCCCUGUGACUGUUGAAAUCGGUGAUUUCAAGGUGGGCGGUAUGUUAUGUAUAUUGUAUAGUUUCCGUGUAAAUAGACCUUGGACAUUAUAAACAUUGUUGGCAUUGGUCAACACACUUGAGUUUUGAAUCUCGCGCGCCGCGCUGCUGGCGAUAGUGGCGCUGCUACUUGGCUGCUGUGAGUUGGCUGCCCUGCUUCCUCCGGAAGUCAGUUGUUCUACAAAGGCAUGGUGGUAAGUGGUGCUAUCGGGUACUCUUGCUAUCUGACGACAUCGGUCGCCAAAUUAAAUAGUUUUGUGCAAUUCGCUGUUUUAUAGUCCGUUAAUGAACAAAUCCUAAACUUCAUCUAAAACUUUGGCUGAAACAAUUUUUGAUAAUAUGAAUUAUUGCCAUAAAAACAGGGAUUGAAAAAUAAAAUAUUCAAAAUUUUUUAGUAUCAAAUUCAUUCAAAUUUAUUUUAAACCAUAUUAAUAUUAUCUUAAACCUUGGCGCAAAGAAAAUUUUUAUACAACCAUGUUAUUAGUGCAAGGGAUGAAAAAUAGUGUUUGAAGGUUAAAAAAAUUAAAUAAUUAUUUUAUUUGGCAUAUAAUAUGAAAUUUGUUCAAAGUUAUUCAAUGGUGAAUACAUUGAGUAAAAAUAGUCAUAAUAUUUUCACUGCAUAUAAAAUGAAAAUAUAUUUAAUAGAUCAUUUUGUAAUAUUGGAAAACAUAAAUAUGUUAUGUACAGUACAUUAAGUUUUCAAAAUGUUUCAGAAGUUUAUAGAAGUUUCCAAAAUAUUUCCAUAAUAAAUGGGUACUUCGAAAUCUGCCUAUGCCUGUAUGCUGUGCUGAAAGGAAUUUAUUAGAUUUAAUUUUUUGGUAAAAUUAUAUUUAUUUCUUUUUAUAAGUGUGCUGCAUAGUAAGGAUGCUUGAAAAUUGUUAUUUUUAAUCAUGCGCUAUAAAAUGCACCUCAUAGUCUAUUUGGCAGUCGUACAUAAUGCAAGUAAAUGUAUUUUAGAUGAAGGAAAGUGGCUACCCAUGAUGCAUACGAGUGCAACUGAUGUACUGUGUGAGAAUUGUCAUGUAAUUGUUGAAUACCAUAAUCUUCCUGCAAAACCAAAAAAAUGUUCUGAGAUGCGUGAAACAUGGAGGCGACCAUGCGAGUUCCUUUCCCAUUGGAGUAUAUGUGCAAAACUACGAACAAGGAGACCUAGGUAGUAGUGUGCUUAUGCUGCUUCUGGGGUGGAUCUGUGGAUCGGGUUAAUGACCCAACACUUGGGUUGUCAAUUUAAUUAUGUGGGGGGGGGG